GGCGCAGUGCGCGCCUCGGUUGUCAAACAUGGCUGAAGCGCCGCUGCUACCGCUACAGCCGCCGAAGGGAAAAUGCUGAGCUCGCCCGGGACGGGUGGGUGGCGGCGGCGAGGGCGGCGACGGGAACCCGCUUCCCGGGCGCGGCGGCGGCGGUCAUGGCCCGGUUGGCCGACUACUUCAUUGUGGUAGGCUACGACCACGAGAAGCCAGGGCCAGGAGAAGGUCUGGGGAAAAUAAUUCAGAGAUUCCCACAGCAGGACUGGGAUGACACACCCUUUCCACAGGGAAUUGAAUUGUUUUGUCAACCUGGUGGAUGGCACCUGUCCAGAGAACGGAAACAGCCAACAUUCUUUGUGGUAGUCCUAACAGAUAUUGACUCGGAUCGACAUUACUGCUCAUGCCUAACCUUCUAUGAGGCAGAGAUCAAUCUCCAGGGAACGAAGAAGGAAGAGAUCGAGGGUGAAGAAGUAUCUGCUUUAAUUCAACCUGCAGAAGUAUUUGCACCCAAAAGCCUGGUGUUGGUAUCCAGAUUAGACUAUCCAGAAAUCUUUAGGGCUUGCCUGGGUCUGAUCUAUACUGUGUACGUGGACAGCCUGAGUGUCUCCUUGGAAAGCCUCAUCGCAAAUCUUUGUGCUUGCCUUGUUCCAGCUGCUGGAGGGUCUCAGAAGCUGUUUUCCUUGGGUGCAGGAGACAGACAACUGAUUCAGACUCCUUUGCAUGACAGCCUCCCUGUUACAGGCACCAGUGUGGCUCUUUUAUUUCAGCAAUUAGGCAUUCAAAACGUCCUCAACCUCUUUUGUGCAGUCCUUACAGAAAAUAAGGUUCUCUUCCAUUCAGCAAGUUUCCAGAGACUUAGUGAUGCCUGUAGAGCCCUGGAAUCUUUAAUGUUUCCUCUUAAAUACAGUUACCCUUAUAUUCCCAUUCUUCCGGCUCAGCUCCUAGAAGUUUUGAGUUCUCCAACUCCUUUCAUUAUUGGCGUACACUCCAUCUUUAAAACUGACGUCCAUGAGCUCUUAGAUGUAAUCAUAGCAGAUUUGGAUGGAGGCACUAUUAAAAUUCCUGAAUGCAUUCACCUCUCUUCCCUCCCGGAACCACUUCUUCAUCAGACUCAAGCAGCACUUUCUCUGAUUUUGCACCCGGAUUUGGAAGUAGCAGAUCAUGCCUUCCCUCCUCCACGAACAGCUUUAUCCCACUCAAAAAUGCUGGAUAAAGAAGUUCGAGCAGUUUUUCUUAGACUAUUUGCACAACUGUUCCAAGGGUACAGGUCAUGCCUCCAGCUUAUACGGAUCCAUGCCGAGCCUGUGAUACAUUUUCACAAAACAGCUUUCUUGGGGCAGCGUGGUUUGGUUGAGAAUGAUUUCCUCACUAAAGUACUCAAUGGAAUGGCAUUUGCAGGUUUUGUUUCAGAAAGAGGACCUCCCUAUAGAGCCUGUGAUCUCUUUGAUGAGUUGGUAGCUUUUGAAGUAGAGAGAAUUAAAGUUGAAGAAAAUAAUCCACUGAAGAUGAUAAAGCACAUCAGAGAACUUGCUGAGCAACUCUUCAAAAAUGAGAAUCCAAACCCUCAUAUGGCAUUCCAGAAAGUUCCACGUCCAACAGAAGGAUCCCACUUGAGAGUUCAUAUUCUUCCUUUCCCAAAAAUUAAUGAAGCCCGAGUUCAAGAACUAAUACAGGAAAAUCUUGCUAAGAACCAGAAUGCAACUCCUGCUACACGAACAGAAAAGAAAUGCAUAGUGCCAGCAGGGCCACCUGUUGUUUCAAUAAUGGAUAAAGUGAUAACAGUUUUUAACAGUGCACAGAGACUGGAAGUUGUUAGAAACUGCAUCUCAUUCAUAUUUGAAAAUAAAACUUUGGAGACUGAGAAGACUCUUCCCGCUGCCUUGAGGGCCCUUAAAGGAAAAGCAGCAAGACAGUGUCUCACUGAUGAACUGGGUUUGCAUGUUCAGCAGAACCGGGCAAUAUUGGACCAUCAACAGUUUGACUACAUAAUAAGGAUGAUGAAUUGUACUCUGCAGGAUUGUUCAAGUUUGGAAGAGUAUAACAUCGCUGCAGCACUGCUCCCCCUGACCAGUGCUUUCUAUAGGACAGUGAGCUUACACAUGAGGUUUUGUUUCCAGCAAAGCUGGAUCUUGAAACCCCUAGAGUCUGCCGUUUAUGUGUGUUCAUGAAUGUUGACAAUGUUGGACAGUCUUCAUCUGUAGACAGCAUCCCCUCUACAGCAUGGGGAAGCGGGUACUGAGAUGUUAGAGUUCAACAAGUAACUUAUAACAGGUUAUUUUCCAAAUAUAAGUUUAAAAUUCCAAAAUACAGGUUAAUGACCACUGAGAAAGAAACAAAUUGUUGCUUUUUAAGCCACCAAGUCUUGGCAGUUUUUUCAUGAAACAGUAGAUAAAUGUAAAUAUUAGUACAUAGUAAAUGCCAUUAGGCAAUACUGGCAUUGUAUAAGUCUUGAAGCCAGGUUGUGACAUCUAGGUCGCAUCAGUAUGAGACUGUUGUAGGUAGCCUCGCACUAGGGUGUAGCUUAAGAAAUACUGACUAGUGUAGGCAGGCACUCGGGCACUGUCUUAGAUGUUUCAGGAAGGCAGAGCAGCAUACGUAGCAGUGGUAACCAACGGUUCCAUGCUGAAGUGUUGGUUUCAAAUGUCUGUGUCUGUUAACAUUGUGUAGUUAUAUAACCUCUGUGACUUAGACUGCUGUGUCACCAUUGAUAUUCUUCCUCAUGCUUUAAAUCAAAUUUUACUUUCUUUCUCUCAAUAUCUGUGAAUUCUGUAGGAAUGUGUCUACAAUUUACAUACCAAUUCAAAAUUCCAAGAUCACCAGAUAAUGAAGUUUGUUUCUAUUCAAGCAUCUUCUAGGAUGCAUUUUCUGAAAUCUUUUCUGCCUGCUGUUGGCAUUAUAAGUGUCUCUAAUUAAAAAGGACUCGAAUUUUUAUCUGUUUGCUAGGUAAUUAGUUUACUAAUAAAACUUGGUGAUGUAACAUGUCUGUUGUAAAGAUAAUGUUAGGUUUCCAGGAAAGCUGUGGAGAAAGUACACUUUAGUUAGUGCUCCAGUGCUUUCCUAGAAAAACAAGGCCCUUUGUUUAGGUGGAAGGAGAGCUGCAGGCACUAUGGCUGACCAAAGUGAAGCUGCUUCUCCAUUCAGGAAAGUUAACUGAAGCUGACUGACGUCAGAAUGUGCAGAUGCCAAAGUGUGAUCAAAAGAAGUCAGCCCAGCAGGCUUGGAAUUUAAAUACAAGGAACAGAAUGAGAUCUUAGAAAAUUAUCUGAAUAACAUCACUUUAUUUAGAACUAGUUAACUUUUUUACAAAAUAAUAACUCAUUGUGUGGUUGUAGAAAAUACAUGUAACAAUAAAAAAUUACAUGUUCUUAUGACAACUAUAUGCUCAUUUGAGUGGUUUCUCAUUUUUCUGAUUUAAAGCUUGACUGUGAUAGAACAUCCUAGAAUUACCACAUCUCUUUUACCCAAAAAAAAAAAAAAAAAGUUCAUGGUUACAGUGUAAUGUGUCCUUAGGUACCAGUGCUAGUGCACCUGUUCAUUUAUAUCUUUUACUUAUCAUCUGCUUUUCUUUUUGAUUUUAAAAAUAAAACAAGAUUCCAUAUUUAAAAAUGCUUUAGGAUUUCUUGCUAUGUCACUAAAAAAGUGGAAUAUCAAUUUCAUUAUCUUUAUGAUUUAUACAUAUGUGGAUUUGUUUUUGUUUUGAGGUAGAAUCUCACUGUACAGUCUAUCUUAAACGUAAACUCAGGAUCCUCCUCACCAGCCUGCUAAUGCUGGGUGACAGGCACUGUACCACAGUAUUCAGCUUAUGUAUGCAAUCUGGGGAUGAACCAUCGAGGGAACUGAAGUAAUGAUUUGCAGGUUAAGAGCACUUGCUGCUUUUGUAGAGACCCCAAGCUCAGUCCACAGCACCCACAUGGCUACUCACAGGUAACUCAGGUUGCAGGGGACCUUAUACCAUCUUCAGACCUCUGCAAGCACUGAACACACAUGGUGGAAAUGCAAACAUCUAGGCAAAACGUAUAAGCACAUAAAAAAUAUGAAUCUUAAAAACAAUACCAUCAAUCCUAAAUCUUUUUUGUUAUCCAUAGUUAGUACUUGCCAAUGGCUUCUGUAAGCAGCAAAUACACUAGGGCACACAUCUCUGAGAGACAGUUAUAAAUUAGUUGUAGAUUUCUGUUUCUUUGAAUUAAUUUUGAAAAUCAUACUUGUAAUCCAAUCCAUUGUUUAAAAUGUAAUUUAAAAAUGGAAUUUUACAGAAAACACUUGAAUAAUUCCUUUAAGGUGACAGCAGUGUACUCACUCAUCAGAUGCAGAUGUGUGAUGACAAAGGUGAUUUGAAACCAUGCCUAGACGCCCAGACGCAUGCUAAGGAGUUCAGACUGCUAAACUGUCAGGAGCUCACAGCAAAGAGAAGGAGGCUUGAGAGAUUGACAGCCCAUUAGUAAGCUAACACAAAAGACAAGCACUUCUGAGGCAGCUAGAGAGAAAUGCAGGAAGGUACUAAGAAUUGCUAACCAAAUGCUUGAGACCAGAGGAUGUAAAUGAGUAAAGGGCAGCCACUGUCAGCUCUAGCAGCUUCAGCCCUGCAGGAAGUGGUUAGCACAUCUUUUGUUUUGUUUCGUUUUCAAGAAAAUUAUAAAUCUGAACAUUACAUAAAAUUUCUUCUUUUGGUUUAAUUAAAAAAUUAAAAUCCUGGACAAGGGGCUCAGUAGAUAAAAUGCUUGGUGGGUUAAAAACAAGGACCAAAUUUCAAAUUCUCAACAGCCAUGUAAGAGCCAAGCUUAGAGAUGUCGGCCUAUCGCCCAGCCCUGUGGGUGUAGAGACUGGCAGAUCCUGGAGGAUUGCUGGUUAGCCAGUCUCAAGGAAACAGUUCCAGGUUCAGUGUGAGACCCUGUUUCAAAAUACAAAGUAGAGAUAGCAAAAGAAGACAUCCAAAGUCAUCCUCUGGUUUCUACAUAAAUGGUAAAAGUCAAACUCUACUCUCCUCCUCUCUGUCAUAAACACACUCUCUCAGACACCUCAUAAGUAGCCAGAACGAAGCGAACAGCCACAUGCAGCUGACAGCGUUAGCUCCGCAGCCUCCACUCUGAGCUCUGACUGUACAUUCUUGUGCUGUACUACAGGAGGUGAACUACUGUGGUGUGAAUGAGAGCAUCACAAUAGGCUCAUAGGCUUCAAUAUUUGGCCUCUGGUGUGGCCUGGUUGGAUGGGUUUCAUCACUGAGGUGAGCUGUGAGGUUUCAAAACCUCAUGCAGUUCCCAGUUGGAUCUAUCUCUCUGACUUGUGGUUGUUGUCUUAACGUGUAAGCUGUCAGCUACUGCUCCAAGGUUAUGCCUACUGCCAUGCUUCCUGCCAUGAUGAUCAUGUCCUAACCCUCCAAAACUGUAAGCCAGCCCCUAAUGCACCCUUAUCUUUUAUAAAUCGCCUUAGUCGUGGUGUCUCUUGACAGCAAUAGAAAUGUAACUAAGAUAUGGGAGGAAAGCCCUAAAAUGGAAACCAGAUGUGAAUUUGAACUCCAGCUUAUUCUGAGAUCUUAAACAAAUGUAUGGGGUGGUGAUAAGUAAAGAUGGAAGGCAGUGAUGAACUUAAAGCAUCUGUUGGAGUGGCAGGCAUGUAGUGAGUGCACAGUGGAUAGCGGUAGGAUGAAGAGCAGGAUGGAGUUCAGCUGCAGGUUGAACGUCUUCUUGACCAGCCUCUGCAUAUGCAUGGAAGUACAGAAGAGAUGUAGUUGCUGGGCUCAUGGGGCUUAGGCAGAUGUCCACAAUCAGUCCAGCUUCGUAAGUACUAUCCUGUACUACCUAUGAUGGGUCUGUAUUCUCCUCUGCUACCUAUAAUUCUAGCUAGAGCAGGAAGCAAGUCUCCAUUUACUGACUUUAACUCCAAGGAGCAUGUAAGCAAAAUAAAUAUGCUCAUCUAAAGAUAUAUACAUAAAUGUACACACAUAAAUACAUGUGUGUUUAUUUAGUACUAUUGAAUGAACCUAAGACCUCACACAUGCUAAACAAGCAUUCUAAUAUGUCUAGUCCCAAGCAAAAUACCCUUAUAGAUCUAUAUGUAAAUGGUUUUUCGUAUAUAAUCAGUACUAAUUACUGCCCUUCACAAAUGCUAAAAAGCAUUUUCAUCCAGAUUAACAAUGAGAAUGUUCUCUGUGAAUUAGCUAAACUCUCCCAAUGGGUUUUUUUUUUCUGUAUUUUUCUGUGCCCUUCCACCUCCUUGGAGCCCCUCAAUAGUUCUGAUCCUUGAUCUGGAAAUCACUUGACUGCUUGAUACUUACAUUGAUUUUUCAGCAGACUAUAAUAUAUUCUUUAGGGCAUGGACUUUUGGCUGUAUGAUGGGAACUAGAAAAUUUUGAGGUCCUUGUAGCAUGCUAUAAUUGGAAAAUACAGAAUUCAUGACUGUCUUUAUGAGUAACAAAAACUGAUUUUAUCAACUGCUUGUCCCUAAAACGAACUUUGUAAAAAAUAGACUAUUCUUCUAGUUUGAUUUUGCUUAGGCAGCACUCUUUCCGUUAACACUAGUCAGCAUUGUUGACAUUUUUGAGAAGUCAUAGACUUCAUGGGGAUCUGUGGGGGAGCUGUUGAAUUACAGAAGAAAUUAUUGCAACAGGAAGUGAAUUGUGUGUUAUUAUAAACACUCGGUGACUCAACAGAUUCCCUUUCUUUUUUAAUUUUUCUAGCUUUAGAGCUGUCCUUGUGGUCACAGAUAGAUUUUUCAGGGAUUUUAGAGAUAUAAAGAGAAGUCAUGAGCAAAGAAGGUUUUGAGUACUGGGGUAAUGAAAGCAGACAGAUCCCUCAGUCAGCAGGGUGCUGUAGUGUUUGUUGAUGGUUAAGGUUUACAAUGAAGAAGUCAGAGAACAACUGCAAUGCCUGGGAGAAACUGAUCUGUUUUCUCAUACUCUUGGAUGAUACAUUUCCAGCUAAUAACACUAGAUUUAGAAUUGUAAUCGUAGAAGGAAACCUGAAAAUAUGUAACUAAUGUUGAGGUUUGGUCUUUUGCUAUGUAUUGUAAUCCUAAACUAUGUCUAGGCCUAGGAGUGAACUCUCACAUUUACCAGCUUUCAUUGUGCAAACUUUGUUCCUUAAUUUAAAACUAUUGCUUAAAUAAAAUUGGCUACAGCCAGUUACAGGAAGAAUUAGAGGUAGGUGGGUUUUGAGUUACCUGGUUGGGGGUGAAGGAGAGGUGAGGGGAGGAGAACCAUGAGGAAGGAGAAGAAGGUGGAAAGAGGUGGAAGCCACCAUAGGGUAGGGAAUCAUGAAAGCAUAGCCAUGAGGGCUAACUAGCUGGAGUUAAGAGCUGCCCAGAUGGAACAUAGCAAGUUAUAACUCAGGGUUAUUGGUGGGAAAGUAGAUUCUAAUAGUACAGACAGUAGAUAUCUGCCCAGCCCUAGUGCUGAUUAAGGCUUAUUAUAAAUAUAAAAUUUGUGCGUUUUAUCUGUGACCUGGAUGAUCAAAGGCAGGGUAGAGGCUCCAGACUGACAUUAAAUAUUUAUACAACUAAUCUCUUAGAAUGUGGCAAGUUGUCUGUGCAUCUCUGAUAUUUGCAGGCAGCAGUAGGGUUGAAAUAGGCAUUUCUGAAAAUGGAUAUAAGUAAAUGAUAAAAUUUUCAGGACUUGAUAGUGCAGGUCAUUAGUAGUGUACAAGUUUCAAAUUAAUGACAUCCCAAUACCCACAUCACACAGCUCAGAACCACCUACAACUCUCAGCUCUGGUGUUCCAGCACCCUCUUGUGGCCUCAACAGGCCCUUGUAUUCACGUGCUUAUACCCAUACUGAGAUACAUAUGGGGGGUGGGGGGUGAAAUAAAGCAUUGAGAAGAUUGAAGAAGACAGAAUCAAUAUUAUAAGAAUAACUAUAUUGUCAAAAGCAGUCUACAUAUUUAAUGCAAUUCCCAUAAAAAUUCCACUGACAUCCUUCACAGAAUUAGCAAAAACAAUUUGUAAAUGCAUAUGUAAGCACAAAAGACCAUGAAUAGCCAAAGCAGUCCUGAACAGAAAGCACAAUGCUAGGGUACCACAAUACCUGAUCUCAAAAUACACUAGGAGCCACAGUAGCAAAAAAACAGUAACUGACCCAAAACAAACACAUAGACGAGGGAAGUAGGUUAGAGGACCCAGAGGAAACACACACAACUACAGUCACCUAAACAAAACUGUAGGUGUUUAAACAAAACUGUAGGGGUUGGGGAUUUAGGUCAGUGGUAGAGCGCUUGCCUAGCAAGCACAAGGCCCUGGGUUCGGUCCCCAGCUCCAAAAAAAAGAAAGAAAAAAAACUGUAAAAAUAUAUAUAUAUAUAUUGGGGGGAAAAAAGCCUCUUUAACAUUUAGUACUGUAAAAACUAGAUAUCUACCUAUUGAAGAAUGAAACUAUCCCUAUCUCUCAUGAUGCAGAAAAAUCAAUUCAAAAUAGAAUUGAAGAUUUUAAUGUAAGACCUGGAAACUUAGAAAAUGCUAAAGAAAAACUUCGAUUAAAAAAGAUAUUCCAAGAUAGGCAUAAGUGGGGAGUCCAUUAGGAAAUAAUCCCAAGAAAUGACAAGUGAAAUUAAAUGAAGUUUAGAUGCCUUUCUACAAUAAAGAGAAACAUGAGGAGAAUGAAAAGAAGUCUGUAGCGGUAGGAAGAGUCAUUGCCAGGUAGCCACACAUCAGACAGAGACGUAACAUCUAGUAGAGAGAGAAAACUGCCAAAAUUAAAUACCAAGAAAAAUAAAUGAUCUAAGCAGUAACUGAGCUGGUGAACUUCAGACACUUGUGAGAAGAAGAAA